UGUAUUACAAAACACCAGAACAACCAAUGGAGAUGUUACAUGAAUUGUUCAAUGAUGCAACAACCCUAGAUCUGAUAUAUAUGGGUACAAGGUGUGGGAAGUGUGAGAUUUAUGUACAUCACAGUCUUGAUGAGGCUGAAUUAGUUGAAAUUCCUCUAUUACCUGUGCCAACUACGAAUGCCAAUGGUAAACCUGUACCCCAACAUGAUGAAGAACCUGUUAUAGGUGAUCAUGCAGAUGUUGACCAAACGAGUGAAGGGUUAACAUCACAUGAUGCAGAGGAGGAAUACAAAACUAAAAGUGACACCUCAGAAGGGGAAGACAGUGUUGAGUAUGACUCAUCGAAUCCAAGAAGCUACAAUGGUG